CGCCAUCGUCGCGUGCUCAUGUGCGCGGUGACUAAUUCCGCGCCGCUUGUGGCCGUCCACAAUUUCCCUCCGCUGGCGACUCGCGGGCGUCCUCUGCUUUUUGGGAAUUCCUGGUCGACAGCGGUCCUGCCCACUAUAUAAACCGUCCCCUGCGGCCAGCGACAUCCCAUCAGCACCACCACUCGCCCCCCCUCUUCCCCCAUGGCCACCAACAUCACCUUCCACCCUGGCUCCGUGACCGCCGAGGAGCGCGUCAGCCUCUUGCAGCAGCGCGGCGCGACGAUCUGGCUCACUGGCCUCAGCGCCAGCGGCAAGUCAACGAUCGGCUGCGCGCUCGAGCAGCACCUCCUCCACCUCAAGAAGUUCACCUACCGCCUCGACGGCGACAACAUCCGCUUCGGCCUCAACAACGACCUCGGUUUCGACGAGAAGAGCCGGAACGAGAACAUCCGCCGGAUCGGCGAGGUCGCGAAGCUCUUCACAGACGCAUCGUGCAUCACGAUCACCGCGUUCAUCUCCCCCUACCGCGCGGACCGCGACUCGGCCCGCCAGGCGCACGAAAAGUCCAAUCUCCCCUUCAUCGAGGUCUUCGUCGACGCCCCCCUCUCCGUCGUCGAGCAGCGCGACCCGAAGGGCCUCUACAAGCGCGCUCGCGCUGGCGAGAUCAAGGACUUUACCGGCAUCUCCGCGCCUUACGAGGCUCCUGAGAAGCCCGAGAUCCACAUCCCGACGGACAAGUUGGACGUCCAGGAGGCGGUUAAGGUCAUCACCGACUACCUCGUCGAGAACCACUACAUCACGCUUUGAGGGACGAAGGCAAUGCUGCAUGUAGAAUAUUCAUUAUAGACCUAUCUAUUGACUGAAAUCCAUUGUUGUACACUGCA